AUGAACGCUUCUAAUACGUUUUUAUCCUCUAACCCUCUUAAAACAUUCAAUCUCGCGAUGCCCUCAUACGUGAAUCAACCCCAUCAUCAGCCACCGCCCAACCCGCAACCACCGCCAUAUCCGUAUGGCGAGCAAUCGUAUCAACAGCUUCCGUCGACUCCAUAUCCUGAUCUAGGCAGCUCCCACUCUUCGCAAUCGCAACCGGUUCCUCGUCCAUACAAUCAACCACAGCACAACUUUCCACCACAUGCACCUGGAAUGGUUCAAUGGUUGCAAGAGACUAACUACGAGUCUCCAGUCGUUGGAAUCCCACAAGGACUCGAGUAUUUGACUCUAAUCAAUCAAAUCAUUGUGGAGCAGAAGCUUGACUACCUCGAGAUGUGCACCAGUUGGCGGAGCAAACAUCAAUACAUCAUCUGCAAUCAAAUCGGACAAUCGAAUCAAAUGGAUGUGCUCGUCAAUGCUUGGGCAAGAAGCGGGGAUAUACUAUUCACAUUCUCGAUAAUUUCGGCAGGAUCAUUUUCGGAGGUGAUGACGAUUCGUCGCCCUUUCAAAUGCUGCGGAACGUUUUGCAGCUCAUACAAGACUAUCAUUGAGGCUCCACCGGGCCGUGCGAUUGGUUACAUUCAGCAGAAGUUUGCCUUCUUCAAGAAGGAGUUCAUUCUCCACUCCAUGAACAAUGAGCCUCAGCUAAAGAUCAAGGGACCCAAUGAGUGCAGCUUGGACUUCUGCUGCCCAUGCGGUGAUAAGAUUUUCAAGGUUGAAACUUGGCGCAAGGGUGAAAUUCGUAAGCAGUAUAUGGAUCUUGGCGUCGAACUUUUCACCGAUGCCAAGACUUUCACGGUGAAUUUCCCAAUGGAGUUGGACGUGUUUGCCAAGGCUUUUUAUUAUUACCGCUCAUUUGAAUUUUUCUUAGGAUUUCCUCUGCUU